ACUAUAGUACAGUAUUGUGCUAUACGCAAAGUGGCCAAGUGCAGUUAAGUGUUUUGGCAGUGUUUCGGCUAGUAGAUAGAAUUUUUCCGAUAUUUCAAUAGUUAAUUUGCAUUCGUGAUUGAAAUUAUGAACGCUAUUUCUUCAACAAUGGCCCUAAUGCCGAGAGAAUCCGCGAAGUUCAUAGCGCAUCGCGCUAAGAACGUUUUCAUUGAGGAAGGAGGCGUAAAGAACUUAGCCUACACGGUUUUAGAAGGCCUUAAAAGCCGUAAAGUAAGUGUGAACAAUUUUUCUCAAAUCGAAGUCCAUCCAUCUCCUGAAGAUCCAAAAGCAGUCGAUUGGAUAUUUGUGUUGGACACGUUGAAUUAUUCCUUCUGGAGUGAAACAGAUGCGCCAAAGUGGACAGUUAAUGGUCAGACCGGUUACUUUGCACUGUGUGCUGCUAUUAAAAGGGCGAUAGAGGAGGGAAAACCCAUAGUCGAUCCCAAGUAUUAUUCCCAAAUAACGAGAUCUGAGGCUGAACGUAUUUUUCGGGGCGAUAGCGAGGCUAGUAUCCCUCUGUUAGACGAAAGAGUUAAAUCUUUGCGCGAGACCGGCAGGAUUUUGUUAGAAAAGUAUCAAGGCAGUUUCGUCAAUUGUAUCAAAUCAUGUUCGCGUUCGACGGAACAAUUGCUCAAGUGUAUCGUGAGAGAUUUCGAGUCUUACCGAGACGAGGCGACUUACGAAAAUCAGAGAGUGAGCUUUUACAAGAGAGUUCAAAUACUGAUCGGGGACAUCUGGGCGUGCUUCAAAGGACAGGGUAUCGGUGAAUUCGAGGACAUUGAUCACAUCACGAUGUUCGCCGAUUACCGUAUUCCCCAGGUUCUCGUACACUUUGGCGCUAUUCGUUAUAACAAUACUCUGCUCAGCAGACUGCAGUCCGAUAUAGAGUUAGAAAACGGUAGCGAGGACGAAAUUGAGAUUCGUGGUUGUUCGAUUGAGGUAGUGGAACGAGUCAAGGAUGAGGUAAGGGAUUUGAUCGAGCGUUAUCCGAACCUGGCGUUAAAGAAAUCAGACAUUAACGCCGUACUGAUCGAUCAUUUUUUGUGGGACUAUCGGCGAGAACAUGCUGAAGAAUUAGAGAGAAUACCGUUUCAUAAAACUAGGUGUAUAUAUUAUUGAAUUAUCGCAAUUAGAAUUUUUACUGGCCUCUCAAAGCUGGCCAAAAGUGACUUCUUGAGUAUUUUAUAAAUAAUAGUAUUCCAUAAUUUUGUAAAUGAUGGAAGAAGGAAAGGAGACCGAUGUAGUUUUAUGUUCCUGCAUAAUUAUAAAUAAUAUUCAUUUAUGUAUAUUGAUGAAAUAAAAUAUCGAGCAUUUA